CCCUCCUCUCUUCCACUACUUGUGCUAAGAGGAAUCGGAAGUAUGUUGUUAUGAAAAAGGGGAAAAUCUGUACAUCAAGAAAGGAUCGAAAGGAGGAGGCAGCGAGAUCUGAUGCUAUGGCAUCUGAAAGGGAGAGCAGAUGGACCAUUUGUGCUGUGAUUGUGUUUUUGAUAGCAAUAUGUGCAGCUCAUAUAACAGAUCGACCUGCCUCUUCUCGCCCUCACCGCAAGACUUCUGUGCUGAAGAUGGAUGAAGCGGCUCUUUCGGUUAUCAAUGAGGUCGAGGAGGAGAUGAUGCUUUAUGUGCUUUCUGAUCACUGUUAUCAGUGUUUGCCUCAGCCUUUGGGAAUAAUACCUGCAAGGCCUGCUUCUGGAACCCCGGCUACAGUGGGAUUUGUCGUAGGCACACAGCACGCUCUGACACUGUUGAUCAACAGCACUUCAACACAGCAGCAAUGCAAGGUAAAUUUCCACUUUGGGGAGCAGGGGAACUAUUCUCUGUGGGUGAAGAACCUGAAUGAGCCGUCACAGAUCAGCUGCGCAAUGAUCACUGAUUCAGAUCCCAUCAACAGCUACCUGCCUAUUUUGUUUGCUUUUCUGGUGUUUGCUUUUCUGGCUGCAUUAUCAGCAAUCUGGAGCACAGUUAAAAGGCUGGAUGCGGUAACAAAUCUACUUCUUCGCUUGGGGGGAACAGUGGAGACAGAGAGGCUGAUAAACUCGGAGCUUGGCACUCCAAACAGAUUGGUAGAUGCCUCCACGGAAUCGAUAAUUCCUGCCACUACAGGACGGAGGCUUCGUUCUUUGGAUACUUUCCGUGGCCUUUCACUGGUCAUCAUGGUGUUCGUCAACUACGGAGGUGGACGUUACUGGUUUUUUAGGCAUGAAAGUUGGAAUGGGCUCACAGUUGCUGAUCUUGUGUUCCCUUGGUUUGUGUUCAUUAUGGGUACAUCCAUUGGUUUGUCCCUGAGCGGUUCAUUGCGCAGAGGUGUCAAACGCACUCAUCUUCUGUGGAAGGUUUUCUGGAGGAGCUUACAACUCUUCCUUAUUGGAGUCAUCAUCAUCAAUCCUAACUAUUGCCAAGGACCCUUGUCUUGGGAUUCUCUGCGUAUUCCUGGUGUAUUACAGCGUCUGGGCUUCACGUAUCUCAUCGUUGCUGCUUUGGAUCUUGCUGUGUCCCCAGACCGACUCACCAACCUGUCAAGUGAAACAUGCUGGUAUUGGGUGCAUGAUAUCUGCCUCUACUGGCCUGCAUGGUUGUGUGUGAUUAUCCUCGAGACAGUCUGGCUGUGUUUGACCUUCCUCCUCCCAGUGCCUGGCUGCCCAACUGGUUAUUUGGGUCCAGGGGGCAUUGGGGACUUUGGCCAGUACCAGAACUGCACCGGUGGAGCUGCAGGUUACAUCGAUCGCUGGCUGCUCAAAGAUAAUCAUAUUUACCAGACACCUUCAUCACGGGUUUUAUACUUUACUACGAUGCCCUUUGACCCUGAGGGUGUUCUGGGAAGCAUCAACUCCAUAUUGAUGGCUUUUUUGGGUCUUCAAGCAGGGAAAAUUCUGCUGCAUUACAGGGACCAACACAGGCAAAUAAUCACAAGAUUUCUCAUGUGGGGAUUGAUACUGGGGAUCAUCUCAGCUGUAUUGACCAAGUGCUCCAGAAAUGAUGGCUUCAUCCCUGUCAAUAAAAACCUGUGGUCUUUGUCAUAUGUGACCACUCUCAGCUGUUUUGCUUUUGUGGCUCUGGUGUUUUUUUACUACACUGUGGAUGUAAAGAAGUGGUGGUCUGGAGCUCCCUUCUUCUACCCUGGUAUGAAUUCCAUCUUGGUGUAUGUGGGUCAUGAAGUGUUUGAGGAAUAUUUCCCAUUUCGCUGGAAAAUGGCCAACAGCCAAUCACACACAGAGCACCUGGCACAAAACCUGCUGGCCACCUCCAUAUGGGUGUUCAUAGCCUUCCUGCUCUACAGGAAGAAGAUCUUCUGGAAGAUUUGAAGAUGUAGAAAAUCAGCAGAUCUCUGAACAUCUGUGCAGAGACAAAAAAAAACUCACACAUGGUCCAGGAAUAGAACUUGG